CUCCCAAGCGGCAGUUAUCGCUGGGAAUUCCCCGCCGAGUCUCACAAGAUCUCCGGCUCGGGAAGUUGCGAUCAUUGCAGGCUUAAGUUUAAUGGAAGAAGGUUCGUUUUCUAGACGGUGGAACCAUGGGAACAAAGUUGGUGCUGGGAUUGUGGAGUUUACUGUGCGUUGUAUCAUUAGCUUCGUCCAAAGCGGUUGUCAGCUGCAAAGAUAAAGGAAUUUGCAGAGACCUCAGGAUUAUCACCUCGAACAGUAAUGAGAUUCCUUCUGGAUUGACGCAGUACCGGCAGUUGGCAGAAUCGAUUGACCUGCAUGGAAAUUUGAUGGAAAGGUUUUUCGGUCAAGAUGUUGGAACCGCUAGUCACUUAAAAGCACUAAAUCUGUCUUACAAUCUACUGAAAGAUGAUCCGAGAGGAAUUGGUAACACAGUCCAAGAGAUUGAUUUGACUUAUAAUCAGUUGAGAUAUGUAACGGUGCCAAGAGGUGUCAAGAAAUUUGUUGCGGUGCGAAACAAACUUUCUCGAGUGACAUUUGACGGCUCCGAUGUCGAAGAGCUGAAUCUUUCCAAGAAUCAAUUGGAUGGGGUUCCCGACUUAAAAAGGCAAUCUAGGAUGGUAGCUCUCGAUCUAUCGUGCAAUGAAAUAAGUGAAAUCAAUUUCGAUGAUUUACCUUGGUCUCUAAGUUACUUAAACUUGGCCAACAACCGUAUUUUUCAAACAUCUGGAGGCAGAGCUUUAAACAGUUUGCAAUAUCUAGAUUUGUCCAGCAAUAUACUUACCAUAGUAGACGAAUCAUUUAAUGCUAUACCAAACGUCCAACAGCUUUAUCUAAAAAAUAAUGAAAUUGUAAUGUUUGAAAAAUCGUUGAUAUUCAACGGUUUAGGAACAAUUGAUCUUGUAUCAAACGAUUUGGACUGCAAUUCUGUAAACGAUUUUUUGAAAAAACAUUCUCGAGCGAAAUUAGUAGCAGACGAGCGUAAUUGUAAGGCCGAUACGAGGUAUAACCUAUGCUGCAUACAAUCAUCAGCACCUUACGCCGAUCGCGUGAUUCGGUACAACAAACGUCAACACGAGGCCCUGCAAAACUCUUCAAUGCAUCAACAACACGGUCCCAACUGUGCCAACUACAAGCCAAGCCCGUGCGACGGAGACGACAACAAGGUGUACGAGGUUGCCAACGCGGCCGCCUACGAUAUUCAAUCUUUGGUUGCGCAGGAUAAGGAAGCCCUGCAAGGUAUCCUCAAUCAGCAAAUAAAGCUGCUCGAAACCAAACAAACUGAAAAGGCUCAAAUCGACAACGAAAACAAUCAACUGCAAACAACGCUGAACGAUUUGACCAGUUACAUUGGAAAAUUAUACCAAGACGAUGGGUUUAAAGUUCCAGCAAAUCCGGCGGAGCAGCUGAAACAGAUUUUCACGAAACGUGAUGGUGACAAUAAGGCUACACUUGAGCAGGUCAACGAAGAGGAACGGAAGCUGCAAAACCUGCAAACCGACAUUGCCAGAAUCGAGGAAGAGCUGCAAGAUUUGGGUGAUCGGAAGAAAAGACUGCUGGGUGACAUCGAUGCGCGUAACGCUACGGUAGUUGAGCACGAGAAAAAAAUUAAGGAGUUGCAGGAAAAAAUUGACAAGCGAGGUUAAAUGUACACGGUCCAUGUGUUAGUGAAUUUAAAGCACUCAUAUUUUAAUAAAUUUUGUAUUUCCGUUUCAUGAAAA